AUGAUGAAAACUACCUGGCUCUUGGUAGUUUUCACGUUGUUAGUGGUGCUUUAUCAAGCAACAGCAGUUCCUGUAGCAUCAUCUUACAAGUUAGAAAAUGAAAAUUUUAUGGAGGUAAUGGAGGCUAAGGAGAAAGCUGAAGAGGCCAGUGACGACGACAAGGCCAAGGAUGAAGAGGAUGAAGAAGCAAGUAAGGAAGAUGAAGAGAAGGAAGAUGAAACCAAAAACGACGAAGACGAUAAGGACGAUGAAGACAAAAAGGAAGACGAGGAGAAGAAAGAUGAUGAUGACAAGAAGGAAGACGAAGAAAGUAAGGAUGAUGAUGAUGAUAAAAAAGACGAGGAAGAGAAGAAAGACGAUAAAGAAGAGGAAGACGACAAAGAAGAGGAACCUGAUCUCAAUGAUCAACAGAACGAUCAAGACUCGUCUGGGGAAGAAAAUGUAGAUCUUGAUUCCGAGCAUUUGGUGCUUCAGGGAAGCGGUAAUGGAAAAAUCAAAGGAGUUGUGAUUGAAGAUUCAGACAAAGAGAAGGACAAACCCGAAAAGCGUUCCGUGGAUGAUGACAAAAAGGCAGUGAAGAGCACACAAGGUAACACCAUUUCCUAUUUUUUAAUACCUCGUUAACUAAUGAUCAUGUAUUUUAACUAUAUGUAGAGUAUAUUUGAAAUAGCUUUCAAAUAUCAGUAACUCAUGUUCAAGACAAGCUAUUGUAAAAAAGAUUCUGUUUUACCUUUUUAGUAAAACAACUUGGUUUAGCCUUCACAUUUUCAGUUUCUAACAAGGGUUAGAAAUGAAACUAUGAUUGCGGACCAGAACUUUAGUUUCGGGAACAAUAUCUAAUCACGAAGCCAAAAUCAUUAAUUUUUCAUGACUUUUUAGUGUUUUAUGAUUGUUUUGUCUACAGACUUAAGGACUAAAAUUCACGAAUUACUUUCCAGAUUAAGAAAAGUACAAAAUACGACACUGAUGAUAACCAUAAAGUGCAGAGAAUUUUCAUUUUAAAAAAAUUUUAAAACAUUUUUCUCGCUGCGCUUAUCGAAGCAUGAAAGGGUUGCAGGUGAUCAGCCACCUGUAUCCAUGGAGCAGAAAGGAUGAACUCAAGGCUGUGCUUCAUUUUUUACUUAACAAAAUAGAUGAAAAGACAUCUAUACUUAUCCUUGCUUUCCAAAUUUCCGUAUAGCUCAGCUAUUGUGGCACAAACAACUUUCGUUGUUUGGUCUUCUUCAAAGUAAAGGUGAUCAGGUCUGACAAUGGAUGGAAAAUCAUUUUAAAAAACCUUAAAAUCACUGUGCUCGGCUCUUUAAUCAGUCCAGUCCAAGAGAUUGGACUCAUGCUUUAGUUUCAAUGACAAUGAAAUUAAAAGAAAAUUAUUAUGUCCGUUACGUGGUCUAUCUUUUCCGUACAUUAGACAUUAGCAUAAAUAAUUGGAAAAUAGGGGUAAUGUGAUUAAUUUCAUUGCUUAUUACAGUAUCUAUAGUUAUGUCUGACAAAACUGCCCAAAAAUGUGAAUCCCGUCAAAUCAGUGUCGUAUUUGCCUAGCAAAGGUAUAUUGCAUGAACUAACUUUAUGGUAUUUGCAUGUUGUUCUUUGCAUGUUGCAUGAUACCGAUUGCAUGAAUAGUUCAAGAAAAACGGUGUGGUUGUGGUUCCUGGGGUGAACCAGGUGAGGGUUGCGGCUGCGGUAACUGCUGUGGCGGUUUCGAAUGCCCCCAAACUUGUGGAAGCUGUGGGUGCGGUUGUUGCCCGCAACUUAACUUCCCCGUCACUUUCGGUGCAUGUGUAAACAAUCCGUGCUGUGAAUGUUGUCAGAAAAAACCACCGAAGGGAAAAUGUCAGUGGCCUUGCAUGUGGCCCUGCUGCUGCGAAUGCGAUCCACCCAAGUUUAAAUUCACGCCGCUCAAGCCCAAGCCAAUGUGUCAUUGUCCUAACUCUCAUGGAUGCUGUGGCGGAAAGAAGAGUGUAGGUGAGUUGAUUUGUUCUGUUUGUAACGUUAAAUCAUUGACAAAUUGCUAUUUUUUUGCGUGGAUCUUCCAACAGCUACUUUUGAAAGGAAUGUAACUCCUUUAGACUUCAUAUUGGCGGAGGAGCAAGCAGUGUCACCUUUUAAAGUUAAUAGCUCCACGUCACGGAAGGUGGUGACAAAACCUUUUUCUUACUGAUGAUAUAAUGUUAUCUAUCACCCAUGGGGACGUAAAUGAGAAACCAAGGCUUUGCUUUUUGUUGUCUCGUUCUUUCUUUUCUUUUCGUUUCAGUGAGAGAAACUCUCUGAAAUAACUAAAACAUCCCAAAGGUCUUCUGAUAAGACUUCAGUGGGAUUCUAAGGAAGAUUAAUUUAUUUAUAUUCAUUCGCGAAAAAGAAGCAAAUAAUCUGGAAAUAUCGAACUCAGUCAGCUUUCUGAUACUAUUUUAUAAAUAGGAGGAAAGUCAGUAGCAUUAAAAAAAGAAAGAAAAAUGAAACUAGUGCUAAUUAUUUCUUAAAAUAUUCAGGUCCUGUAAAAAGAGCUGAUGUCAAAAAGCGGUGCGGUUGUGGCUUCGGAUAUGGUGGUUAUGGAUAUGGCGAUUUUGGUGCCGGUCUUGGUUAUGGACCUUUCGGUGGAUAUGGACCCUACGGAUAUGGCCCCUACGGAUAUGGCGGAUAUUUGCACGGUCUUGGUCCAUUCAAUGGUGGCUUCCCCUUUCCAUUAUACUAGGCGAGUAAAAUAUUUUUCUAGCCAUUUUGUAUUUGCCUUGGAAUGGAGAACACUCAUUUUGGAAAUUCCGUAGGGCUUUUUAUUUUUUGACUUGAAUUGUGUAUACUCGACGGUGAUUAAACUUUUGACCAAAAAGAGACUACCCUACACUAUAUUCCCAACAUAUCUAAUGUAUUGUUUAGCAAGUAAAACAAAUGUCAUCCUUUGUGAAUUAAAGAUGAAUUUCAGUUGUAAAUCAUAAAAAAGCAGCGUAACACUUUUUUGUAUGUUAAACCCCUUUUGGACUUAUUCUAUUUGUAUAAUUAUUACUUACUUACUUUGACCCCUUUUAUUUUAUCUUACAGGUCCCUUGAUCAUUGGCAAAAUGUCACCUCGUGAGGAGUAGUUUCUCGACGUAUGCUCUGUCUGGACAAUUUUUAAAAUGAGCGAAAGCCUCGAAAUAAUUUUUACAUGUAAAAAAAAUGUAACAAAGCAAUAUCCCCCGAUGAAGCAAAAUAAUAAUUAUCAAUUACGAAAGAAAAAGUCGUUUCCAGCGAGAAACGUGUCCUUGAAGAAACUAUUUUUGAAAAAUAACAUUUAAUCACCCAUCAUUCCAUCAUCCUGCAUGAGCUUACCAACUCGCAUGAACGCAUGCUAGUAAAUAAAAUGAAUCAAUUUUGUGGUGGUUAAUGUCUUUUCCCAUUCUCAUUCGUAUAUAUCACCCAAUCUCAUGAUUGAGAUGGUAAUGGUUCAAGGCUCAUUGCACAUUGAUCCGAGCCUCGACUCUUAAGUGCUCCUUUGAUAAUUGAGAUAUUAAAUAUAGCCGUUCUUCAUAAUUAGUAAAAAUCAGCAACUCCAGUCUCCAGUCCAGUUAAGUCUUACAAAAUCAUUGAAUUGUGAGACAUUUGAAAAAAGAAAAAAAAAAAGGAGGGCGGUCACUGAAAAACGAAAUAGCAGUCAUUGGGACUGAGAGAUACAUUCAGUCCAAGUAGUUUCUGUUUUUGUUUUGUUGUUUUUUUACUCAACUAGAUAGCAGUUCCACUGCUUACUCAAUUAAAAUCGAAUACACUAACAUAUGAACUAAUGAUGUUCUCUAAAUAUGAAUGAGAGCCGAUAGUCCAUUCAGUUGCAUUCCUCAUUACCAACGGUUGCAAUCAAAUUUGAAAAAUUAGUAACUUAUCCUAUUUUCCUGUCAAAAACUGAGACCAGUUAGAGAAAACUAUAUCUUCUUUUCUUGGGGUUUUUCAAGAAAGUUAAUGCAAAUCUUUACUAGUUAAAAUUGUAAUAAUAGAGAUCAAGAAUCUUGAAGGGUUCUUGUAGGAUGUUUAGAUUUAUUUCACUAUUCAUCCCAAUUACUACAAAGCAACAAAAUGCAUAACAACAAAGAUUACCCGCACAUUUUUUUGGCUUUACAACAUGCCAAAGGGAAAUACUUUUUGUACAGUUAGUAUUUUUCGUGGAGUAUGGCAUUCUUUUCGAAUUUCGGCAUUUACCGUACACACCUCAGGAUCGCGGAUUCAUUAGCUUCUGUGCCUUUCGAUAAGUCGCUCAAAUAAAAGCACAUAACUUAGAUUAAAGAAAAGCUGGCGAUAGCUGCCCUGCCCACGUUUAGUCAAAGCAGUAUUCAUUCGCACAAUGUUUAGGAAAUGCACUUCCGCAACCCGAGUAUUUUCCAGUCUGACUAUGAGAAGCGUGCAGUUUCGUAGCCUUCUUUUCUUUUAAUAUAUCUACUGGUGGAAGGAAGAGAUAUGCGUGUACUUACACAGUCUCGUUGCAUCAAAGACGCUGAGUGUGGUAACCACUCGCCAGCUUCUCUUCACUAUUGCUGGUGAGUAUCUUUUUUUGCGAUCUGCCCUUUAAAAAUUUUCGAUUGUUUACUUUGGCAAACCCAUAGACAGGGCAGCUUCGUCAACAUGAAACCUUCUUCUAGUCAUGUCUGCAUUCUGCCAUGAUUGUUAAGGCAGUAAACAUCUCUUAAUACGAAGCUGGCCUGAUCUUGCGUUUAUGUCUUAAGCAUGCUUUUACAAGAUGUAUGAAUGAAGUAACCCAGUAACGUGCUGAUUUUAUGUCGUUCUUAACAGCAAGACGUUCAGGCUUUUGUGGAUGUUGCAAUUGUUGCGGUGGCUUUGGAUGCCCUCAUGUUUGCCAUCAUUGCUGUGGCGGUUGCUGUGGAUGCUGCGGCCAUGGUUGCGAAUCGAUAACAUUCCCGGUUGAGUUUGGUGCAUGCGUUGACAAUCCUUGUUGUCAAUGCUGUAAAAAAAAACCAAAGAAAGGCUACUGUCAGUGGCCCUGUAUGUGGCCCUGCUGCUGCGAGUGCAAAGUUCCUCAAUUUAAGUUGAAGCCCUUGAAGCCAAAAGCUGUCCCUAAGGAUUGCCAUACUUGCUGUCAUGGUUGCUGUCACGGUUGCUGCGGUUGUUGUCAUUGUUGCCGAAAGAGUGGAGGUAUAAUUUGACUAAAUCAUUCACUUGCUGGUCCUAAACAAUUUAUUUUCGUUGAAACCCUCAGAAAAAUUACGUUCUGUUAUUUUGCAAUUGUACAAUUUUGUAAUUCCGUUGUCGUUGUUUUUCUGUUAAACUUCACACUUUUUCUAAGGAAUAGCUCAUUUAAGAAUAUGUUCAUAUGCUGAAUAUGUUGAGAAUCACUCAUAUUAAAAUGUGACCAAAGUGAUUGACAGAUUGGCUAAUAGUGCUAACACAACUACUUUUCUAGUUCACUGCAGCAAGCGAUGCCUUAUUCCACCAACCAUUACAGAUAUUCAACCGCUUCCUUAUUUCUUCAGUCCUGUGGUUCCUCUCUACUAUGGGGCACCAUUCCCGCCACAGUAUCUAUACUAUUACUACUGAGGAAGGUCAGUGGAGACUCUCUAGCUCUUUAGAUAUUAUUAGUCCUUCCAGACAGAGUCAACGUCUGCUUUACAGCAAUGGUAGAUGCGGAUUGUUUUUUUUUUUUUUGGGUGUUGUUUUUUUUUUUUUUUGUGAAAAAUAAUUUUCUUUCUCCAAUUUCAUGCAAAUACGACUAAUUUUGUUGAAGGAAAAAACAGCAUGUUGCAGUUGGGCUCAUUUUAUGGCUGUUUUUUGAGGGGCGCGAGAACUUGGAUUUAAUCAUAUGUUUAUAAUGCUUACUUUGGAAUAAGAAACAGACCACAGUGUAAGGACUUAUUUCCAUUCCACUUGCAAAACUACCCAGAAAAUAGUGCGUAAAUCAAAACGAAGAAUCUAGGGUCUACUUUUUUGUUAUCGGAUGUUAAAAUCGUUCAGGCACUUCAAGUUUCCUCGUCUUUCUCUCUCUGCAGAAUGUCCCUGACAAGCAUACAGCAUACCACAGCGGAUUGCAUUAAUUGCGAUCAAAGAUUAGGACAAUAGUGAAAUGUUUUGAUUAAUUAGAGGGUUAAAAUUAUAGAUAAAUUAACAAUAAUGUAGUUAGAAACUAUUAAAAAUCAAUCAAAGCUGCAAUAAAGAAUAAAUUUGAAACAUGCAAAUAUCUGUUGAAUUAUCUGGUAAUGAAGUUUUGAUGCAAAGUUUUUCGCCUAAAAUCUUAUAUUUAAGGUACGUAGAUCUGAAUAUUGCUAUAAUAAAUGAAUUGUUAAGUUAAAAAACAGACUAGAUCUAAAUAAAUAUCCUUCAUCAAAAAUUUACCGUAAACAAUAUUAUGAUAGCAUGAAGAGAGUAUUUAACAGUUACUCAACAAUAAAACUUAUUUAACAUUAAAAGUAAAAACUUAUUUUAACAUUUUAGUAAACUAAAGGAUAUUUAAAUGAAUGCAAAGUAAACACACCGGUAUUUUAUUUCAUUCCACUCUCAAAUGUUGGUUUUUGUUUUCACAUUCUUCACUACUCUGAUUCCUGUAGAAAAACGCUGCGGAUGUGGCGGAUGCGGAUGUGGCGGAUGCGGUGGAUGUGGAGAUGCCUUCGAUUCUGGCGGCUGUGAUUACAUGGGAGGGGGUUGCGGCGGAGCACCCGGAGGCAUCUACGGACCCAGUUGUGGAUGUGGUGGUUGUGGAACCUGUGGAACAAACGACUGGUGUGCUGCUGGUACCAUGUGCUCCAACUGCAAAGGAGGAUUCGGUGCCCCAAUCACUUGCUCAGGAUGUAACACCGGCUGCUGCCCAAGUCUCACGUUUCCCUGUCAAUUUGGCGCCACUGUGAACAACCCUGGUUGUGAAUGUUGCAAAGAAAAGACCCCUCCUGGAAAGUGCAAGUGGCCAUGCAUGUGGCCCUGCUGCUGUACCUGCACACCACCUAAAUUUGAGUUCAAACCGCUGAAACCCGAGCCUGUGUGUCACUGUCCAUCACCACACAGUCACCAUACAGCCUGUGGACAUCACUGUUUAAGAAGAUCAAGUAAGUAGGGUUCUCUCCAGGAAAGUAAACGUAAAACGGAGAGCAAACCGUCUCGUCAGAAAAGACAGGUGUCUAAUUGCAAGCUUUACGAGAGGUAGAGGAUAAGCUACAACUUUGCUUUAAGAAGCUGUUGAAAUGAGACUGUUCUUUUUUUUAAUUGUGUGGCUAAAUUUGCCACGGGAAAAAAUUGUAUUACUUAGUAUAAUUGUUCCCCUGCAAUAGGUAACGCAUUCUUAAUUUGUUUCUUUUGCUCCCGUUUUCAGGUAAGCGAGGCCCUGUGAAACGCAGCUUAAUGGAGGAACAGCCAUCUCCUUUUGUGCCAGUCCCAUACAAUUACGGUUAUGCACCAUUCUACAACCCAUUCUUCAAUGGUGUACCAAUGAUGCCUUUUCCAAGAGUAUUUUAAACUGAUCAACUAGGUAUUUCUAUAUAUCUGUAACUUAAACGUGAAUUCAAAUCGUUCAAGCGCUACAUAGCCUCACCACCAUUUCGACCAUAAUUUUUUGUCACAACACAAUGACCCAAACUAACGCAUAUCUCCCAAUUUAUCACAACAGAUCUCGUAACUUGAAAAGGAGCCUCGGAUAUGGAGAGAUGACAACACGCAACUUCAAAUCAGCACGCCUAAGGCAAUGCGGAACGAAUGAUGAACAAUGAACGCUUCGUUGA